GCGCCGGUGACGAUGUGCGAAAAUCUGGCGGAAAUCUGUAGGUUAUCCUUACUAGGUUAUCCUGGAAUGCUAGUCUGUUACGAUAUUGUCUCCUUAAGGCGGGUUAAUCUGUCAAAGUGACUCAUUCGGGUCACAGCCAUUAUCGUGACUGCGAGUAUCUGAUUGCGAAUGUGAUUGAUAAUCGAAGGAGAACUUUUGGCAGCGGAAAAUUUUUGUGUUACUUUAUUGGCUUCGACGCGCAGAAGACGAAGAAGGAAAACAAUUGCUCGCACCAAUUAAAGAGACUUUAUUAUGAUGUGAAGCCACACGGCAUAACCAAACUACACCAAAAUAAAGAGAUAGUUACCCGUCAACAUGGCCUCAAAUCCCUCCCAGGUAAUGCAAAACUUAUCGAACCAACAAAAAUAUGGCUAUCUUACCAAACAAGAUGACAAACCUGAAUGGUUAAAGCCGACCCUCAAGAGAGUAAAAAGCAAGUCGUUAGGACCUUUGCUACAAGGGGACCAGUUCAAACGAAGAAACGGACAGACUCCGGACAAGACACAGGACAGGACAGAUGACUCUAACAAUAACUCGCAGAAGAAUACUCCAACAAAAACACCAUUAGAUCGCCCGACGGUGAGAAAAUUAAAUGGACUGGUUACUAAGAACGGUGAUAACGACGCUGGACCCCAGUCCCCCACGUACGUAAGUCAGAUCAGCUCGACGCGUGUGGCUCAGGCGUCCGCGAUUGUCACACCUAAGCAGUCAGCGGUUGAAGAUUCCCCGAGAUGCUUUGCGUCAAGAUCUAGUGGUGAACCCGUUGUCAAUGAGAUGAAGCCGAAUGAGAAUUUUGUCGCGAAAUCCUCGCCUAUCACGGUAGCGAGCAAGAAGCUAACACCCAGUCAGGGACGAACCCUCCCCAGGGGUACCCCCACGGGAGUGAAAGAGGAAGAAUCCGAGAGCAAGAAAGCGUUUAGUUUGCCGAGACAAAAGCCAUCGUACUGGAAAGACCAGCUAAAAUCAAGUGGAGCGCAAAGGGAAAAUACUUCUCAAGCUUCCCAACAGGAAGGAUGGAGAGGUAGAACAGCACAGGGCCGAGAUUCUCCUGUCCUCCAACGCAAAGAAACGAACGCAACCCCUUCAAACGCGACACAAAGAGAAGACAGUCAUGUAGUGACUCAAAAGAAGGGAGAGUGGAGAGGGAGACCUGAUCAAAAGUUGAAUUCUCCUCUCCUUCAGCGCAAGGCGACUAACGUCAUCUCCCAAGCUGUCAACAAAACGAAGAUUGAUCAAUCACCGAGCGGUGGUAUUUGCGCUACGAAUGAUGGGACGCCAUCCGGGAGCUCGACUAUGCAAAUGAAUACACCGGUUACCAAUGGAUAUCAAGAGCAACGGACGCAAAGUCAAAUUAACGGGAUUACCACAAACAGUAAGGAAACAGAAGCCUCAGGCUCUAUGAGGGCACACGAGACGCCCGUGAGCAGGGGACGGUGGGGUCAGGGAGGAGUUGGAAGUUCCGGAAUGGCGACAGGGAAUGAGAAUAAACCCGGAAUAAGCUCCACAGGAUUCGUGCAGUCUCGACAAGGGAAAUUUCACGAUGAUGUCGAACAUGUCAAUGGACUAGAGAAAUCACCAGUAGCUAAUAAAGCCACGAGCGGGAAUGGACUUGUAAGAUCAGUUGCGAGUUUGCAAGCGACCAAUGAGACGAAAGGGCAAAGGUCACCCGUUAUGAGUAGAUACCAGGGCAGCCACAAAAAUAGAGCAAGUCCUGGGCCAAGCCUUUCUAGAUCAACUCCUUAUAAGGACAUGUCGUCCAAUAAAGAGGCCAGUACCGAGUCGACCUUCGCUGUUGUUGGGCAGGCUCCAAAUAAGGGCACAUUACCAAAUAUGGAUAGAAAGGAAGAUGUGACAUCCGUCACUGAUAAAUCCAAAACGGACAUUUCACCUAAUAAGGGUAAUGGUGUGACAGUGAAAUCAGUUGCAAGUAUUCAUUCCCCAAAUAAGCCAGGCUCACGUUACGGGGUAUUACCAAAUAAGGAAACGGACACAGAAAUGACAUCAGUUGCUGAUGAGCCUAAAAAGGACAUGUUACCAAAUAAGGAGAACGGUACACUAGUUACGUCAGUUGCUAGUUUUCAUACUCCGAAUAAGGCAGACUCGCGUUACGGACGUGACAGAAGCUCUAUUAUCCAGAAACAAAAAGACCAGUUGAAAGAUUCGCUGAAUAAAACACUUGGUGCUCAUGUGGCGCAGCAUCAGAAGCCUAAAUCCCAACAGUGGAGAGAACGACUCAAUCUGAAGAAAGAGGAAAUACCGAAGAAGACGGAGGAUACUAAGAGUGAAGAGGUCGGUGGGAAUGACGAGCCCGAGGAGGAGGACGCUCAUGUCGUUAAACACCCGACCAUGCCAUUCUUCCGGAGACCUUCAGGUGCCGCAUUACCUGAUAGCAAUGAUACGCCCACGGGAAGUGCAUUUCCCCAAGCGAGCAAGGAGAGCGUGGGUCCCAAGAUUAUCGCAGAAGCUCGAUCCUCUAACGCUGCCCCGGGUAGUGGUGAAUUGGAGAAAUUAAGAAAAGAGAUCGAGAAGUUGAAGGAAGAGUACGCCUUGAAGACAGAAGAGUACAACACGACGAUAAGCGAACUACGGCGGGAUCUCGAGAAAGCGAGCACAAAGGAGGCUGCUACACCCGAAGCAGGUCCUCCUCCUCCUCCCCCUCCGCCACCGGGUGGUCAAGCAGUACCCCCGCCUCCCCCGCCUCCCCAGGGUGGGGCACCACCUCCACCCCCUCCUCCACUACCGGGGGGCGCAGCGCCACCACCGCCGCCGCCUAUCGGAGGGGGAGCGCCUCCACCCCCACCCCCUGGGUUUGGAGGAUUUGCUAAUUUGGUCAAGCCUCGUAAGGGGGUGAUUAAGCCUGGAGUAGAGAUGAGACCGCUCUUCUGGCAAAGGAUUCUGGUAAAUGAAGAUUCUGCCGACGGGACGCAGAAAAAGACAAACUGCAUAUGGAAUAACAUGGCAGAGGCCGAGUUUGAUAAAAAGGACUUCCAGAAGUUGUUUGGGCGAAAGAUCGAUAAAAGAAGACGAGCUCGAAAAGGAAAAUCGUUACACGAAGACGCAGCCUUUGAAAAACCUGAAGGGAAACAAGUUAUCAAAGUCCUGGACAGAGGGCGGUCACAGACAAUCGGUAUUAUAAUGACGAGCCUCAACUGCGCGCUGGAUGACGUCAAGGAGGCAAUUUACAAGAUGGACACCAACACAGUAGAUAUGGACGGGCUGAAAGCUCUAUUCCAGAUCAGACCUCAACCAGAGGAGAUCGAGGCCAUCAUUAAACAGAUGCAGGAGAAUCCUAACGCUACGCUUGAUAAGCCGGAGGAGUUUCUACACCAGAUGCAUAAGAUGGAUCACUUCAACGAACGCCUGGAAUGUUGGCUGUACAAAGACAAGUUCACAGAAACCAUCCAUGAUAUAGAUCGGCGACUCAACGUAAUAAACGACGCAAACUGUCUCAUCCGCACAGAUACCGAGGUGCAUUUCGUGCUUUCCAUCGUCCUCGCGUUGGGAAACUACAUGAACGGCAGCACGACAAGAGGCCAGGCGGACGGGUUCCAGCUCAACGCGCUGCUCAAGCUCAAGGAUGUUAAAUCACAGGACAACAAGACAAACCUACUCCAGUACUUAGUCCAGCUCUACUGCACCAGCCGGGAGAUCAAGGGGCCUAGUGCCGAGUAUAAGUUACCGGAACCCUGCAUCAUCUUGACUGGGUCCCAGUACUCGUUCAAAGAGCUGCGAGAAGAAAUGGCUCAAGCAAAAAUUGCCUUGGCGACGUGUAAAGCAAAGCAUGACAUAGUACUUCAUCAGGGGAUCCCAGAACUACGUGAACCCUUUAACAGUUUCAUGACAGAUUUUUUCAAAACUGCCGAUUCCGAACUUGAGGGAUUGUCCGAAAAACUGGAGACAACGUCUGGAGAUUUCAAAAAGAUCGCGGAGUACUUCAUGUUCAAGGGCGAACCCGGGGAGGAGGUUGGACCGCCAGUGUUCUAUGGUAUCUGGGGGAGAUUUCUCGAGGACUUCAAAAAUUACUGGAAGGCGGAGAUACUAAACAUCGCCAAGAGGAAGUUUAGCAAGACCGAGCACCUACAGCAGAUUCGCGCCAAAGCCAGUCAGUUCCUCAAACGCCGGGGCAGCGAGUCGAAGAAGAAGUUUCCGUCGGACCUACGGAAGUGAACUGACAAGUGAUAAUGCGGCUUUUACUCCAACACUCACCGGGGAGCGGGAUAUAAGUGCGGGGGGGGGGGGGGGGGUAAUCUAAAUGGUACUGCCAGUUAUGCGUGAUUGAUCCGAGCAUGCUUUUAAAAGAGCCGAACAUUUAUUGUUUUCGCUAUUAAAACUCGUCGUAGGCGACUUAUUUUGCGUGUGAUCAUCGUACUGUUUUUACUAAAUACAAAAUUCACCGGGUUAGAUUGUUGAUUAUGGUAAACGUUUAGGAAAAUAGGAGCAUUGGAAAACAUAGUUAUAUAUUUGUAUAGAAUUAAUAAAUUUAUCAUAAAAUUCAUCAACAUGCUUUGUGGAAUUUUUUCGUAAAAUCCAACUAAAAACUUAGCACCGCUAGAGGAAAACUAACAUAAUAGUGAUGUAUGACCAAAAACAAUUAGAGGCACGUCGAUAUAAUGAACAAAAAAAACAUUAUUUCUUCCUGUGUAAAUAAUAUAAAAAAAGCUCUUUUUGGCCAGUAGCCAAUAUGUAGUGUAGCAUUUGGUAAAUUGGAGGAAAGAUAAAAAAGAUACUGCUAACAUCACUUCUCGUGAAGAGAAUCAGCACGACCAUUUUGUUGACACCAUUUCUCACAAUGUAAAAUCCUUAUAGCUCGACCGCUACCGUCAAAUAAAGAAUUUAUCAGGU